UCGUGGUUUCCUGUUAUGAAUUCGAAGUGGUUUAUCUGCCAGUAUUUAAUAAGCGCGUCAUGUGACGGCGGUUUUCUUUAUCUUAUAUAAUACAAAAAAGUCACAGCCAAGCUUGAAAGCCAUAGAACACAAACAUUUCAACCUUGGUAUGACUUCUGGAUGUUUUUUUUUUUUUUCAAAUUGCUAGGCUUAGCACUCCGCUAAAACCGUGAAUACAGCAUGGCUGACAGACAAACAUAUUCAAAUGAAAAUGAUGUUUCUUCAAGUGAAACCGCGCUCAGUAUUUCAAAGAAAGUCACUGAUACUGCACCAGAUGUAGUCUUGCUUUGUGAUGGAGAAAGAAUCUCUUGUCAUCGGGCUGUCUUAGCUAAAGCAAGUUCAUACUUUAGUGCUAUGUUCAACUCAAGUUUUGAAGAAAAGGAUAAACAGUUGAUAACUAUCCAGGAUGUAGAUGGUUUUAUGCUUCGAAUACUUGUAGAUCUAUCCUAUGGCUAUCCUUUGGAGCUUGAAAAUGAGAAAAUGAUGCUGAGUCUUCUUGAAACAGCAUCAAUGUUGCAGUUUCUCGAAGUUCAAAAAAUGUGUGUCCGAUUUCUGCUGCAUACUUUAAAUGAAAGAAAUGCCCUGCAGUUCUUUGCUCUUGGUGACAUGAUUGGAGUACCAGAACUUUCAAAGCAAUCUUUCUCCUACCUAUUGUACCACUUCAACAAUAUUGUUGAAUCAAGAGAAUUACUCAGUCAACUACAUGUGGAAUUGCUUCUGAAAAUCGUCGGACAUCCAAAUCUCAACUGUGAUGACGAAAUCCAGAUACUUCAGUUAAUUGAUCGCUGGAUUACCGACCAAAGUGACAUCGUUCCUGACGACAAGGUGUUCCAAUUAUUCGCUUGUACUCGAUUCAAAGUAGUGAAGGAAGACGAUUUUAAAACAAUCUCCUUGCUUCCUUUUGUCCAAGAAUCAAAACUGCUAUCAAAACUUGUGUCCACUGUGCAUCUGAAACUCCACACAGAUGCAAGGCGCAAGCCGUGUACGUGCCAUUGCCACGGUAAAGGGGCAGACUUGAAAGUUGAGGGAUGCAAAUUAUGCAGUACCGAAAGUAUUCAAAACGUUGAUAAUAAGAACAAUGAUACAGAUGUUGAAGAAGAAAGGGCCUGUCUUUCCACCCCAGACUACGAUAAAUUCCGAUUACGUGAAAUUUUCCGAUCUCCGUGUUGUUCUAAGAAAACUGAAAAAUUAAUCGUUGGUGAUAAAGAAGAGGAAACGAGUGAUUGCAUUCCAGCUGGUAUUUUCGAAUUGGUGGACCAACUUUUAUCCACUUCACCGAGGCUUCCACCUUUUGUUCCAUGCGUCGUGGGCCAUGUUCGACGUUCCGAAAAUUCACCAGAUGGGCCAAGUUUGAAAAAAUCGAAACAAGUUGAAGGACCCUCCCUUUUAAUGUUUAGUUUCAAAACGAAAAGCUUCAAGAGCCUAGUUCAACUUUCCAAAGUCCACGAAGGACCAGUUGAAGCUUCUGGUUAUAAAGCUUGUACACUAGGAAAAGAUGUCUACAUUUUUGGUGGAGAAUACAUGUUCGGAUACAGCAAUUGGCAAAACUCUGUCUGGCGAUGGGAUAGCUUCAAAAACAUUUGGAACAUUGAAACAUCAAUGCUGUCAUCGAGAAGGCAUCAUUCGAUAUGCGUUCACGAAGAAUUCAUUUAUCUGAUAGGAGGAUAUGGAAAACACAGAAUUAUUUUAGAUUCUGUCGAUCGUUAUGACACUUUUAAAUGUUCGUGGAAACGCUGUUCUCCCUUACCCAGUCCUCUUUAUUCAGCAGCUUGUUGUAGUUACAAAGGAAUUGUAUACGUUUUUAGCCAUCAAAUAUUUACCUAUGAUCAACAAUUGGACGAGUGGCAUACAUUAGCAAACGUCAGGUUACCUGCGGAUGCAACAUUUUCUCAGGCCAUGUCCGUUAAAGAUGGCGGGAUAUAUUUAACAAGUGUGUACUCCAACCUUCUUUACCACUUCGACCCGGAUGCGGAAUCGCUUGAGGUUUGUAUCGUCGGCGAGUUUGGGAACAAUGUGCUCAACAGCUGCUACGUUGAAAGUCUCCAGAGUAUUUUCACAUUUUCCACAGCUGAAGUCAGUGAAUCAGCUGGAUUCCCAUCGGUGCAUCAGGUAGAAAGUUUCGACUUGGAUAGCAAAUCAUUUUCGGUCCUCUGGAAACAAGCUUCUAACGAAGGUCUCAUUACUGACUUUGGUAUUAGACACAGCUUGGGCUGUUUUUCAUUCCUCUCUUAUGAAUAAUGUUUUAUUCCCUUUGAAAGGGAUUGGGCUGGGGGAUCGUCUAACACCAUCUGCGUUUAACCCUGGAAUUUUCCAGCUAUUUUUGUCUGUGUCCAUUUACCUUCGUUUGCAUCGAUUUCUAGUGAUAGGUGUCAGUAGAAUAGUAUCAAAAAGAAUAGAGCGCUUUCAGUCGUG